AUGUGGAUCAUAUCACGCAUUUUUGGCGAAUCACGGUGGACACGCGCUAUUUUCAUCACCAUUGUUGUUCAGGCUGUCCUUGCCAUCAUCUUUGAAGCCGUGAUUUUCUCCUACCAUGCAACUCAAAUCAGCAUCAUUGAUCGCGAACGUUUGGAUCAAAAAGGCUAUGGUUUGGAGCUCACAGCUGCUUAUGCCAAUGCCCGAUCUCUCCUCGUCUAUUUUAUUCUAUUCAUGGUGGCACAAGUAUUCACCGUCGGUCUUGUGGUGGAUGCGGUCUACCAAAAAAAUACCAUCCAAUUGAUUGCCUUGAUAUGCUUUGAGAUCGGCAUGAGCGCAUACUCCAUCAUUCAAUAUCAUCAGUCUUCGGCUCUCUUUGACGGCGGUGAUCAAAACCUUCAAUUGGUCGUCGCUUUCCUUGGUGACAAUUAUCAUGCUUCAAAAUGGGCUGAAAUCACAAUGAUAUGCAUCAUGAUUGUAAGCAGUAUCAUCUUUUGCUUCCUUGCCUACAAGCUCUACCUGGAAUUCGGUUGGCAUAUCUACAAAAAGAUCGGUGCUGAUCUUGCCAUGAGAGAUCGAUACAAAAUGUAUCAAAUCUUUAUGAUGUUACUCAAGUUGGACUUUUUCUUUCUGCUGGCCCUCUCGGUUCAGUAUCUUGCAUUGCUCAUUGUCGCAUGGUGGCCCGAAGCAACGUCCGAUGAAGCCAAAUCAAACAUUGUCAAGGAGUUGAUCGAGCAUAUCAUUCUAAGUUGCGUGGUAUCCGUUGCUAUGUUAUGCAUGGCCUAUUGGGGGUUGCGUCGCGAAAAGAAAUCCAUCAUGUACAUGUUUCAUGCAUUCGCGGCCACCAGCAUGGGCUAUUUCAUUUAUCUGCUCGUCCAAAUCUACCAGGAUCCCGAACGUUUCCUUGGCUCUCGAGUGUUUUUGACCUUCUUUUUGUGCGUCGACAUUGUGCUUAUUGUGGUAUCCGUACCAGUGUCUAUUCUUUGUUUACGCAAUUUCAACCAUGGCCUGAUCAAUCACAUUUCACAUGCAACAGCUACGGCAACGGGCGCCUCAUCGCAUUCAAUGACACCUAUUGGACAAGAAAAAGCAAACAACCGACGAUGGUCCAUUGAAUAG